UUUUGGAAUUCUAUAUCUUUGACUCCAAUCAGUUAUUUGUAAGUUGCUGUGGCCAAAAUGAAUCCACCAAAUAAAUGGCCAGUCUCUCCCCUCGCAAUUUUGCUCAUUGUCACCAUGAUAUUGGGGAUAGUCGCUUUGGUGAUAUUAGUCAUUUUCGUUUUUCUCCCUAUUAAAAGUGAGAAUUACUUAAUUGGUGUUGGUAGAGGAGACUGCACUGGCCCAGUUGCUGAAGUACCAUUUAUGGGCUAUGCCAGUCUAGAACAAACUGGUGCUGGUUUAGUGACACGACAGUACUGUAGGACAUUCAUCGUAGCAGAGCCUCAGAAUCACACCAAAAGAGUGGUGUUUGUUACUGCUGAGAUAGGGAUGGUAUCUCAGAGGCUUAGGCUAGAGGUAAUGAAACAUCUGAAGCAAAAAUAUGGAGAUUUGUAUAGAACUGACAAUGUUAUAUUGAGUGGAACUCAUACUCAUUCAGGACCUGGAGGAUAUUUUCAAAACACACUUUUUAUGAUAACUGGUAGGGGGCUUAUCAGGCCCUCCCUUAAUGCCCUUGUCAGGGGGUCUAUAGAGAGUAUUGACAUGGCUCAUCAAAACAUGAAGGAAGGACACAUUUUUAUCAAUAAAGGUGUGCUACAGAAUACCCAAAUCAACAGAAGUCCAUUUUCUUAUCUUGAAAAUCCAAAAUCCGAAAGGGACAGAUAUUCAUCAAACACAGACCAAGAAAUGACAGUACUGAAGAUGACUGAUGCUGACGGCCAAGACAUAGGGCUGUUUAGCUGGUUUGCAAUUCACCCAGUCAGCAUGAACAGAACCAACCAUCUUACAAGCAGUGACAACGUUGGCUAUGCGGCUUAUCUCUUAGAGCAGGAGAAGAAUAAAGGAUACUUAACAGGAGAGGGACCAUAUGUAGCAGCUUUGGGGUCAUCUAACCUGGGAGAUGUGUCUGCAAAUACAAAGGGACCACACUGCAUAAACACCGGAGACUCAUGUGAAAACCCCCAAAACUAUUGCCCAAUAGGCGGGGCCCAGAUGUGCAUAGCUUCCGGUCCUGGUCGUGACAUGUUUGAGAGCACAACAUUAAUUGGAAGAAACAUCUACCUGAAAGCCAAGGAGCUGUCAUCGUCAGCCUUUGAGGAGAUAAGAGGCCCCCUCAGUUCUGCUCACCAGUGGGUGGACAUGUCAAAUGUUACCGUACAGCUCAAUGCCACUCAUUCGGCUAAAACAUGUAAACCAGCCUUGGGGUACAGCUUUGCUGCUGGUACUAUGGAUGGACCAGGAAUGUUUAAUUUCACACAAGGGGCAAUACAUGGUGAUCCAUUCUGGGAUGCAGUCCGUGAUGGAUUGCUUGUCAAGCCAUCCAAUGAAACAGUAGAAUGUCAGAAACCUAAGCCUAUUCUUAUUCCUACAGGAGAGUUGUUGAAACCUUACCCAUGGCAUCCAGAAAUUAUUGAUAUUCAGAUUGUUAACAUUGGAUCUGUGGUGAUAGUGGCUCUUCCAGGAGAGUUUACGACAAUGUCUGGACGAAGAAUGCGCGAAGCUGUUAAAAGUGAAUUUGAAGCUCAAGGGAAACCAGAAAUGCAUGUUAUACUGGCAGGUGUAUGCAAUGUUUAUACCCAUUACAUAACAACUUUUGAAGAAUAUCAGAUUCAACGGUACGAGGGAGCAUCCACUAUUUUUGGCCCACACAGUCUGUCUGCUUAUAUCCAGUUAUUCAGAGAACAAGUCAAAGCCAUGGUUCAGGAUACCGUUGAAGACUUGCCAAAACAUCCAGAGCCUGACAUUUUCAAUACAACCACUGCCAACUUUUUAUUGCCUGUUAUGGACACAAAGCCACUUGGUCGUGUGUAUGGAGAUGUGCUACAAAAUGUGAAGCCAAUAUAUAGGGUGGGAGAAGUUGCUAGUGCACACUUUGUUGGUGCAAAUCCCAGGAAUUCUGUGGAAAAUGUGACCCAAUUCACUUUCCUUAAAGUAGAGAAAUAUGACAACACUUCAGCCCAUUGGCAAACCCGGUAUAAUGAUGCCUCUUGGGAUACCAGGUUCAUCUGGAACAAAGGUAACUGGGGACAAAGCACAGCUAUAGUAGAAUGGCACAUCCCAAACACUGCUGAACCAGGAACCUACAGAAUACGAUAUUUUGGUCACCACAAGGAAUUUCUGCGCCCUAUUCAGGCUUUCAGUGGCAUAUCUUCAGAGUUUAAAGUCUCAGACUUAGAAUCUGUAAAAUUGUAGCUACUCUCUUGAAGGACACGCUGCUUUGCAGCAUCACCAGGAGGUUUGCAUGCAGAGUUCAUCAUUUGUCCCAUCUUCUCUCAUUUGUAUGUCUGAAAUUAAAACAAUAUUCAAAACGUG